AUGGCUGAUUAUCACGGUAACAACUUUGAUCUUGUUCACCGUGUGAUUGCCUCCUUCAAUACGCAGCGCCCUUUGAUCCCAUACAAUGCUGCUCCAGCACAAAUGCGUGCUCGCCUUAUGGAGCGUACAGAGUCUCCGGUUCCUGAUGAUGAUACCAAAGCUGUGGACCAUGUGAACUUUGACAAAUUUUCCAAGCUCAACCAUCCCUGUCAAUGCACUCAAGAGAUGCAACAACGUCGUACCGACUUUAAGGCGGUGGCUCGUGCACGACCGGAGCGGAUAUGGGAUCCGAUUCUCUACUUACCUGCCACCUCUCUACAACGUCAUCGUCUCAUCAAAUGGCGCACCCAUUGGUUGCCAUCUUAUCCAUUGGGUAAUUGUAGAUGUGGUCAUCAAGCUGCACACCGUGAUCAUUACGACUUGGAUGGAUGCCCGCGUAUCGAACCAAUGAUUCAAUACUUGCAUGAGAGCCUCGGCCAACAACUCUUAGCUACAAAACCUGACGACACGCAUCUUUUGGAUUUCAUCAUGAACGUGUUGCCACGUUCCACAGGCGAUCUCAAGGGUCAUUGGCGUCGUACAUGGCCAGCACUACUCAACACAUUGCGAAACAUUGAUGUUUUAACACAUCCUGAAGAAGACUUUUGA